AGCGGCAGCAGCGGCACGCGCAUCCUCCCCGGAUCCAGAUCAGAGAGCAUCUGCAGUGGCCGAGCCGUCUCUCAGCAGCCCCGGACCCGCACCAUGAGCCCGCGUCGCGCCUGAUGGUGGUGCGUUGGUGAACCGCUCAGCAGAUCGACGUGGCAUCGCGUGCAGGAGCCCGGACUCCACCAUGAAGCUGCUCCUUGUGAUGACUUUCUUAUUCCGCCAGGCAUUUUCCGGUUCUCCGAGCGUCCAGAUCGGUGGUUUGUUUCCCAGGGGCGCGGAUCAGGAGUACAGCGCAUUCAGAGUUGGGAUGGUUCAGUUUGGGAUGGCAGAUUUCAGACUCACUCCACAUAUAGACAACCUGGAGGUGGCCAACAGCUUUGCUGUUACGAACUGCUUUUGCUCCCAGUUCUCCCGGGGCGUCUAUGCCAUUUUUGGCUUUUAUGACAAGAAGUCGGUCAACACCAUCACCUCCUUUUGUGAGACACUCCAUGUCUCCUUCAUCACGCCGUCUUUCCCGGCAGAAGGAAUGAAUCAGUUUGUUCUGCAAAUGAGGCCAGACAUCAAGGGGCCUCUAGUUGCGUUAGUGGAGUACUAUAGGUGGGAGAAGUUUGCCUACCUGUAUGACAGUGACAGAGGUCUUUCUACCCUUCAGGUGAUUCUGGAUACUGCAGCAGAGAAAGAGUGGGUCGUAACAGCAAUAAAUGUAGGAGACCUGAAAGAUGAGAGUAAAGAUGAAGCUUACCGCUCCCUCUUUCAGGACCUGGAGAUCCGUAAAGAACGACGCAUCAUCCUGGACUGCGAACAAGAUAAAGUCAAAGAUAUUAUGGAGCAGGUGAUCACUAUAGGCAAACAUGUGAAGGGACACCACUACAUCAUCGCCAACUUAGGAUUUUUGGAUGGUGACAUCUCUAAAAUCCAGUAUGGAGGUGCAAAUGUAUCUGGAUUUCAGAUAGUUGACUUUGACAAUCCUGUGGUGGCAAAGUUUGACCAACGAUGGGAAGCUUUGGAGGAGAAGGAGUAUCCUGGAGCAGAUACACGAAUCAGAUACACCUCUGCCCUGACCUACGACGCAGUCAACGUGAUGACUGAGGCGUUUCGCUUCCUGCACAAGCAGAGAAUAGACAUGAGUCGCCGUGGCAACAGUGGGGACUGCCUAGCUAAUCCCGCAGUACCCUGGGCUCAGGGCGUUGAGAUUGAACGUGCCCUCAAGCAGGUUCAAGUUAAUGGUUUAACUGGGAACAUUCAGUUUAACCAGCAUGGGAAGCGAACCAACUACUCAGUGGCAGUCAUGGAGCUUAAGAACAGCGGACCGCUAAAGAUUGGCACUUGGAGUGAAGCGCAUAAGUUUGAGGCGGACAAGCAAGAUAUAAAUAAUGACACAACGGGAAUAGAAAACAAAACCGUCAUCGUUACAACUAUACUGGAAGCUCCGUAUGUGAUGCUAAAAAAGAACGCUGAUGAGCUUCUAGGCAAUGAUCGCUACGAAGGCUACUGUGUUGACCUGGCUGCAGAAAUUGCAAAGCACUGUGGAAUACGCUACAAGCUUCGGAUCGUAGGAGACGGUAAAUACGGAGCGAGAGAUGCUGAGACCAAGAUCUGGAACGGGAUGGUUGGAGAGUUGGUGUACGGGAAAGCAGAUAUAGCAGUUGCUCCCCUGACGAUUACUCUUGUUCGGGAAGAGGUGAUAGAUUUCUCCAAACCUUUCAUGUCCCUGGGAAUCUCAAUCAUGAUCAAAAAGCCUCAGAAGUCCAAACCCGGCGUCUUCUCCUUUCUGGACCCACUGGCCUAUGAAAUCUGGAUGUGUAUUGUCUUCGCCUACAUCGGAGUCAGUGUUGUUCUUUUUCUGGUGUCGAGGUUCAGCCCAUAUGAGUGGACGCUUGAGGAGCCAGAGGACGGAGCUUUGCCGCUGACGACCGAAUCAACCAACGAGUUUGGGAUCUUUAACUCUCUUUGGUUCUCGCUGGGUGCAUUCAUGCGGCAGGGCUGUGACAUUUCACCAAGGUCUCUUUCAGGUCGUAUUGUUGGAGGGGUGUGGUGGUUUUUCACUCUGAUCAUUAUUUCGUCAUACACGGCCAACCUGGCUGCCUUCUUGACGGUGGAGAGAAUGGUUUCUCCCAUUGAGAGUGCUGAGGAUCUCGCCAAGCAGACAGAGAUCGCUUAUGGGACGCUGGACUCCGGGUCAACCAAAGAAUUUUUCAGGCGCUCUAAAAUCGCUUUGUUUGACAAGAUGUGGCAGUACAUGAAAUCCGCAGAGCCUUCUGUGUUUGUCAAGAAGACAUCGGAGGGCGUCCAGCGUGUGAGGAAGUCCAAAGGGAAGUACGCCUACCUGCUGGAGUCCACCAUGAACGAGUACAUCGAGCAGAGGAAGCCCUGCGACACCAUGAAAGUGGGAGGAAACCUGGACUCCAAAGGCUACGGGAUUGCCACGCCCAAACAAUCCCCAUUAAGAGUGCCAGUAAACCUUGCCGUAUUGAAACUGAAUGAGCAAGGGACCCUAGACAAGAUGAAAAACAAGUGGUGGUACGAUAAAGGAGAGUGUGGCUUCAAGGACUCCACCAAUAAGGAAAAGACCAGCGCUCUGUCGCUUAGUAACGUGGCGGGAGUUUUCUACAUCCUGGUUGGAGGUCUGGGUCUCGCCAUGAUGGUAGCACUGGUAGAGUUCUGCUACAAGAGCCGUGCUGAAGCCAAAAAAAUGAAGGUCGCAGCCAACACCUUCUCAUCACCCCAGCACACAGGGAACUACACACACACUCUGUCUUCUCCUCAACAUGCCCCCAACUACAACCUGCUGUCUCCCAGCCACCAGCCAAACUACGCCACCUAUAAAGAAGGCUACAACGUUUACGGCAUUGAGAGCGUCAAGAUCUAACACGGAUGAAAUUCACGGAUGCAAUGCGCUCGAAAGCUCGUCUGUCUAUCACUGGGUCAACGAGUGAGAACGGCCGUGUUCCAGUGGCUUACCUUCGCCCAGGAUUACCCAUGAGCCUCAGUAUGACUGACCUCUCAUGACCUCACACAAGUCAGUGCCUUACAGCCAGUCAACACACUUUCAUCGAUCCCCGCUGUAAGGGAAGUGGACAGAAAGCGUUGCCCUCUUCGAGAAAAAGAAAAGACAUAUUACCAGUAAUGACAACGGGCAACCUGCCCCGUUUUCUAUUCUGGAUUUUAGUCAUUCAAAACUCUAGAAACUCUCAAAUCCUUUACACCUGGUCUGUAAAAACAAGGCAGAUGUCCUUCUGAAAAGACCUGCCCACUUGUAAAGCGAAUCAAACGAAGAUCGUAGGGAGAGACGGCUGGUCCUAGACAAACCCAUGACAAACAAUCAAGCACAGAGGACAGUUUUUUAAGACAAAUAUUACUUGUUUUGUAGAUUUUUGCCAUGGAGGCUUCUCUUGUACAGAAAACAAGGACAACAGUGAUGACGAUGUUCAUGCAAUAACAACAGUUAUCAGGGACACGAUCAGGAACUGUGGGGAUACAAGCUGGACCUUGUUUGAAAUGUGUUAAAAGUGCCAUGAACAAAAAACUGAUGUCCUGAAAUAUCAGUAUGUAUUGUGAUAGAUAAUAAUGUGAUUGUUCCGGGGUUUUUUCUUUCGAUAGCCUGUAAAUCCUUAUUUGAGAAACACACACAAACAAAAUUUAACAGGAGUUCUUGUUGGUGAGGUUAUGAUAUUUAGUGAUGCUGUUAAAAACACCAAACUCAUGCAAAUAAGGCGGACAUCCAUUCUUUCAGCUACGUCAAUAUGAUGAGUUACAAAGUUUCUUUUCACUACAUAUUGUAGUCAAAACCUUAUUACCAGUAUUAACAUUUUUCUCUUGCUAAUGAACAGUGUUUUAUUUGAACUACUAUUUUAGCUACACUCCACUUUUAUAAAAUACUCCAAAAAAUUAACUGAUCUGAGGUUAGCCAAAGAGUCGAGCUUCCCCUGGGUGAAUUCCCAGCAAGUUCAGGGUUUUCCCCAGUUCUUUUUCCCCAGUUGGACUUUCCUAAACCCCCAGUUACAAUCUUAGGAUAAACCUCAGCUACUUACUCUCUAGCUGUGUUUUCAUUACAAAUCUGCACAAAACCCAUUCGAAAUUCAGCUAAUGGCAAAAAAAUACAAUUUCACAAUUGUGGCGUUUCCAAUAAAUAAGAAAUUAAAUUAAAACCACAUGUGAAUAAAUUUGUUCAUUAAAAGUUAUGGCAGCGACGGAUGUAAACGGUUACGUUACACCAGAGGCAGUUGGACGUUCAACAAUAAUCAAAUACAUUCUUUGAACCAAAAGUAUGAAAAUUAAAACUGAGUAGCAAAACCUGAACUAAAAUGAAAUAUUUGACUAAUAAAAACUAGCAAACACACUCUAAAAACUAACUUUGAAUUAGACAAACAAAAGGUCUAAUUCAAAGAUUUAUACUACAAUGAAAAAAACAAAACUAUUAUAACCCUGUGCACACAGAUUUUCGCUCUUACUUUCAUUUUGCGCCAGAAACUUUUCCUGCAGGUUCAUAAAGAGAAGAACGCCUGUCGCCAUUUUGGUGUUCAGCAUUGCUGAGCACCAAAAGCUACUCAUCUACUACUCGUCUUAGAAUUAAAAUUGCCUAUUUUAGCACAGUGUUAGUUCAUUUUUUACCAGAUUUUUGACGUUAAGAUGAUAAAGGAGAAGUGUGAUCGUAUUAUAAAGCGAUCCAGUGGUCCACAUGUAUGGCAAUGUCCAAAGGUACCGAGGGAAAAUAAAAAAUAGGUGAUUUAGUUUCUGAACUAUACCAACAGAGUUCUGUACAAUUUCUUCUUAUUAUUAAUAUUGUUCUAGCAUUUUUUUUUUAAACAGCAUCCUUGCACAGAUUAAAUUAACAACUACCUGAAAAUCCUUCAGAGCCACAAAAGACAUUUGUUUUGUUUUUUUAUAUACACUGCACUACAUCUGUUUCUGUAAAUAUGAAGACCUGAGAUGAAUUUCUCUUCUUUUUUAAAGCCAACAACAACAACAGAUGCUCACACUGUUUACUGUACAUGGUGUACACACUUACAACGCAUCAUGCCACACAUCCCUGCACCCUUACAUUUGCAUGUGCGUUUGCACAUACUAGCAGAAGAGUUCUGAAGCCAAGUGUGUGACGUGCCAAACGGACUGAGAGGCAAUCAGAGCUCUCAAACGGCAGCUGCUGAAACUGAAACCUGAGCCAGCAGAAGCUCUCAUCGCCGAGAGACGGAACAAAAAUAAUGUGAAGACUUUUUCAAAACUCUACUGCAUCGAUGGUGCCAACAAUGACGACGACGAGGAGGACGAUGAAGAGCAGACAAAGAGAGCAUUUGCAUGUCACUUAGUUAUUUUUUUUCUUUCAGAUUAACCUGUCAGCCUGAACCCUUGUGACUGGCUGCUUAAUAGUGUUUGAUAAUGAUAGCCGUUAGAAGAAUAUAAACGAUAUUAAUUAAAGUACUAAUGUUGUUCCUGUUAUGUAAGUGUAUGCUUUUUGAGAAUUUGAUUCUGCUAUUUUAUUUCUACAAAAAGCUGAUUUUUGUUGGACUAGUUUUAAGCUUAAUGAGAAGCUAAAACAAGCUUCAAACGACCAAUGGGUGCGCCUCAGUUUCUGCUAAAAGACACAUAUCAUUGUCACCAUGAUCACACGUGGCUGGUUUAUCUUUGGGACUUAGGCUACGUUCACACUGCAACCUCAAGUGACCCAAUUCCAAUUUUUUGUCUCAAAUUGGAUUUGUUU